UCAGGGCUGAUCAGCAGGAGCUGGGAGCUACCAGCGGCGUACGAUGUAUUCGAGAGCAAAUGCAGCGACAGAUUGGCGGAAUGUUGUGGAUGGCAGGUACAGCAGAAUGGAGCAAUCAAUGGACGCAGACGGAGACGCCGCGGCAGAUCGGCGGAGCACCCUGGAGGUGGGAGGAGCCAGGCAAGCAGGUGAAACGCGAUGCGUAAGGUUCGUGUGGCUGUGGGCGGGCGAUGUUUUUGGCUUGCCAUGUCACCUCUUGGGAUGCGAACGGUCAGCAGAUGCGUGAGAAGAGCACGCAUUGGCGCGGCCUGCUAGUCGUAGAACAGGUCGCCAGCUACACAUCAAACCACCCUGUCCAUCUUGUCCUUUGCGCAAGUCUGCACUCGUUCUGCCAGGAUAAUUCUCAGGUGUUGCUGUGACGAUCUGACAGUGUUGACACGGCUCCACAGCUUGAAGCAUCUUGAAACUGGGUACCUGCGUGCCCGCUCCACGACGCAAUCAUCGCAGGCGCAGUCACUCGGCCUUCAGCCUGUCGUGUCCUGUCCUCCCACCAGGCCAUCGCCUCCCUCGUCGCACUGCAAUCUCGUCGCGCGCGUGAUCACCGCAAACGCACAUUCGCAACACGCUCAGUUUCGGCGCAUUGACGGGGGCAAGGCAUCGAGGUCAGGAUGAGCUACAAUCCGCUAGGCGGCUACGGCCAGUCUGGACACCCCAGAGACGACGACCGCAGUCCGAGUCCGCAUCCCAACAACCCCUUCAUGGAUCGUCAUCACUCUCCAGACCCGCGCUAUGGCCAGCAAGGCUACCAACUCGAUGACCGCCCAUACCAUGAACCGCUCGAUAUUCCAGUGGGCCCCGGUCCAGCUUCAUUCGCUGCGAAUCCAUACGCUGCUGCGGCCUCCAGCGACCGACUAGCCGCCCAGCCGACAUACGAAGUAACGAAUAUGCCAAACACGUACGGGCAUGGCCAAGCGUACGAUGACGAUCAUCAACGAGGGUACACUCCCAAUCCAUUUCAGCAGUCUGCGCAGCAAGGAAGAGGAGAGUACAAUUUGAGCCCGCAGCACGAGCACACGGACUACAUUCACGAUCCAAACGCAUACGAUGCGCCACAACAUCCUUAUUAUCAAGACGAGUCGGAUGAUAGGCCAAUGCUGCACCCAGACACUUCAUACGGACCAGAUCCGCACCAGAUGGGCCCGCAAGAUUCUUCUCAUGAAGAUCUGGAGUCCGGUUACAACGAUCCUCCGCCAGUCAAGGCACCUAUCAGGCGAUGGAAGACCGUGAAGGAAGUGCAGCUGUACAACGGCAAUUUGGUACUCGAUUGUCCCAUACCUCCCAGGUUGCUGAAUCAGGUGCAGCACGCGCAGCCGCCAGAAAGAGAUGAAUUCACACAUAUGCGAUACAGUGCGGCAACUUGCGACCCUAGCGAGUUUCUCUCCAAGCGCUUCACAUUGAGACAGCGUCUGUUCGCAAAGCCACGUCACACUGAACUGUUCAUUGUGAUCACCAUGUACAACGAGGAGGACGAGUUGUUAGCGCGAACACUCAUUGGCGUGAUCAAGAACAUCGAGUACAUGAACUCCCGAACGUCCUCGAAGAUGUGGGGAAAGGAGGCUUGGAAGAAGAUUGUGGUCUGCAUUGUGUCUGAUGGACGUGCGAAGAUCAAUCCGAGAACACGAUCUGUCCUCGCUGGUAUGGGUAUCUACCAAGAUGGCAUUGCGAAACAGCAAGUGAACGGCGAGGAUGUGACUGCACAUAUUUACGAGUACACGACACAAAUGACACUGGAAAUCAAGAAGGGCGUCGUCCAAGUCAAGAAAGGCAAUACCCCGGUGCAAGUGCUGUUCUGUUUGAAGGAGAAGAAUCAGAAGAAGAUCAAUUCACACAGAUGGUUCUUCCAAGCAUUCGGAGAGGUGCUGCAGCCCAACAUUUGUGUUCUGCUCGAUGCUGGAACUCGACCCGGGAAAAGCAGUAUUUACGAUCUCUGGAAAGCAUUCGAUCGCGAGCCCAUGUGCGCAGGCGCCUGUGGUGAGAUCAAAGCUAUGUUGGAGCACGGCAAGAACCUCAUCAAUCCUCUGGUUGCAGCACAGAACUUUGAGUACAAGAUGAGCAACAUUCUGGAUAAGCCGCUGGAGAGUGCGUUUGGCUUCAUUACCGUCCUUCCCGGUGCUUUCUCGGCCUAUCGUUACGUGGCGUUGCAAAACGACAAGACUGGUCAAGGCCCUCUGGAAAAGUACUUUGCUGGUGAGAAGAUGCAUGGUGCGAACGCUGGCAUCUUUACCGCGAACAUGUACCUGGCAGAAGAUCGAAUCUUGUGUUGGGAACUGGUUAGCAAGAGGAAUUGCUCCUGGAUCCUGCAGUAUGUGAAGUCGGCCACGGGUGAGACAGACGUCCCUACGGAAAUGGCCGACUUCAUUCUCCAACGACGAAGAUGGCUGAACGGAUCUUUCUUUGCAGCUGUCUACGCGCUCUCUCACUUCUACCAAAUCUGGCGCAGUCGACACUCAUUCAUGCGGAAAUUCUUCUUCAUCAUUGAGUUCAUUUAUCAGGCUUUCAACAUGCUCUUUGCAUGGUUCGCAAUCGGCAACUUCUUCUUGGUCUUCAGGAUUCUGGUAUCGUCACUUUCCGACAAGUCGCUCCUCGGCACUGCUGGUCUCGUUCUUUCUGUCGUCUUCGAAUGGAUGUAUCUCGCGAUUCUGGUCACUUGUUUCGUGCUGGCUCUGGGAAAUCGGCCUCAAGGAAACAACAGGUACUACAUGGCUCAAGUGUACUUCUGGGCAAUCUUGAUGGCGUACCUGCUCUUCGCUUCAGUGUUCAUCACGGUGAAGUCGAUCCAGGCGCAGAUUGCUCUGAACAAUGGCUUCAGCUUGGACAUGCUCUUCACUAACAAGCUCUUCUUCACGCUCAUCAUCUCGAUGGCGUCGACAUGGGUGCUCUAUCUGGUGGCGUCCUUCCUGUUCUUCGACCCUUGGCAUAUGUUCACGUCUUUCAUUCAGUACCUCCUCCUGACGCCAACCUACCUCAACAUCCUCAACGUCUACGCUUUCUGCAACACUCACGACAUUACGUGGGGAACGAAAGGUGACGACAAGCCGGAGAAGCUGCCAGCCGCGAACCUCAAGCCAGGCGGCAAGGUGGAUGUGGCAAUACCGACAGACGAUGCCGAUCUUAAUACUCAAUACGAAGAAGAGUUGCGCGCGUUUGCAGUCAGGUAUGAGCCACCGAAGAAAAUCAUCACAGCUGAGCAAAAGCAUGAAGACUACUACAAAGGCUUCCGAUCUGCAGUCGUGCUCGCUUGGAUGUUCUGCAACCUGGCUCUUGCAGCUAUCGUGCUCAACGCAGGAGGCAUGGAUCGCAUCACAGUCAGCGAAGAGAGAGAUGCGGAAACAGUGGAGGACGAGCGUUCCACAAUCUACAUGGCAGUUGUCUUGUAUUCUGUGGCAGGUCUUGCUGCCGUUCGCUUUAUUGGUGCGUGUUGGUUCUUGGUCACCCGCAUGUUCCGCGGUGUAUGAGCGGUAUUUGGACAUUGGAGAAGGGCGUUCAGGUUGGGAUUGUGUGGUGCUCUUGUGAUACCCUCAUUGCAUAUGAGCGUACGUUUUGAUAUGACAAACAGCCGCACAGACAGGCAGAUAGGCUACUUCACGAAUUCAUUGUUGAACUUGUACUUCAUUGCUCUCAUCGCCAUCGUUCCCUGACCCCGUGGUAGUCGGUGAACCAGCAGUAGGUACUGUCUG